UUCUUUGAAUUUAAAUAGCGAGUAGUAAUGAUAAGAUCCGUUGACAUAUUUACCGCGAAAAUAUUUAUAAUGCUUCUAAAGCAAAAUAGCUACAAAAAAUAUCGCACGACGUUACAUUCUGUUAGCUAUAUGCAAUAGUGAUUUGUUAUAUAUCUAAAACAAAAUAUGAACAGACGAUCAAGUCUUAACUUAACUGGAGACGAGACUUUGGCUGAAGAAGAAUUUCAAGCAUUUAAGAGACAGUUAAAGACUGUUCAAAAUAUGAUUGAAAUUUUGAAUGAAAAAAUUGUUGAUAAAACUUUGGGAGUCGAUGAUUUAACAGAUAUGGACAAAGAAAUGAAAAUAAUGGUAAACCUUGAAAAUAAAAUAACAUCAGAGAAAAUGAAAUCGUGUUACGUACCAUAUAAGGCAUUAUCCCUUAAAAUGACUCAAGAGUCUUAUCGUAUUUGUAGCUGGCUAAUGGAAAAAGAAACUAGUGAAAUGGACAACACAUUUGAUAUUAACACCUUCAUAGAUAAAAUUAUUGAAUCGUGUAGUGGUAAAGAAGAUCCUUUGGUUCAUAUAGACAAUCUUUUUAAAGGUGUUGUAAAAAAUAUUAAUUAUUUUGACUUACACGUGUAUGGUAAUAUUAAAAUAGAAGAAAAUGAGUCACAGCCAAUGACAGAAACUCAAGUAAAAAGAGAAAUUAGAAGAUCUCAGAAGCGACAACUAGAAGCCCAAGUUACUCCUGAUGUGGUAGACAGUGAAUCUGGAGACAAUGUAUUACAACAAACUCUUAUGAGAGUAGUUAAUUGUUUAAAAUGUGCUGUUGCAGCUAAUAAUGGAAAACCAGUUGGGUUUUACAAAUUUGCAUUUGAUCCAUUUAGUCUUACAUAUACGGUAGAAAAUCUUUUUAAUAUAGCUUCACUAGUGAAAGACAAAGUAGUAAAAAUUGAAAGAUCGGAAGAUAGUGAUUUGGGUGAGUUUAUUUCCAUUACCUUAGCAAAGAAAAAAAAUAAUGAUAGCAUAAAUAAUAAAGAUGACCAUGAUUCUACCUUGUUUACUAUAAAUCAUACUAUAUGGAAGACUUGUGUAGAAAAGUACAAUAUCACUGAGAGAAUGAUUGAUCAAGAUGGUUGAUAAUUUUGUUUUACAGUCCUAACUUUACUAUUUAACAAAAAUUGCAGUGUAUUAAAUUAAUAUACAUAAAAAAAGUUUUACAGUUAUUAUAAAGUUACCUUUUUUUUAGAGUUUUUGUUAUUCUGUUUUUUUUAUCUUAUUAUAUAUUACUUGCUAUAUAAAUAUUGAGUUUUAUUUUUAUUUUUAUAUGAAAUAGUUUUGUUUAAAAAUUAAAUAUUACAAAUAAAAUAAACAAUAUAAUUUUGUAUUAUCAAUCCAUAAGCUUUACUGUAAAAUUAUUGAAUUUUUAUAUUUUCGGUUUAUUUUUUUGCCUGUUAGCAAUUUUUAGUAAAUAAUUAGUUGGUUAAUUUGUUUUUUUUUUUAAUUGAUACAAAUAAUGAUGUAAAAAACAACUUUGAUAUGUUUUGUCUAGAGCAUUUGUUUCAAAUUAUAUAAUGUAACUGAAAA